UUUAUUGUCUCCUUUCUAGAUUCUCUGAGUUUUCCGCCAUAUUUCCUCACACUUCUUGGUUGGCCUUAUAUCAAAGAUGGCAGCCACUUCGAGCAUGGAUUGUGGCGAUUUUUUAGAAUUUCAGGAUACUCUACAGAAAAUGAGGCUUCUUGAUGAUAAAAUAAUUUAUAUGCUCAAUACUUCAAUACCCACGGAAUCAUUCAAAAGCCAAACAGACCCUGUUGUAAAAUGUAAAGAUUUAUUUCAACAAAUUCAGUCAGGGCAUGCUCAAAGAGAAGUGGCUAUCAAAAAGUGUUUGGAUGCUGCACGAGAAAGAGUGAAGCAAUUAAAAGAUCAGAAAGAUGCUGGACAAGAAGAUUCAGCACUGCUUAAAAAACUAAGAAAAGAACAGAAUACAUUGCGCUUACUGCAAUCAGAACUUAGUGUAGAGGAAGUAGUGAAAAAACGCACAACUCAAGUAUAUUAUGAAAGAUGUCGUGGAUACUAUAAGCCACCAAAUCUAGAUUCAUGAAAUAAAAUUUAUGUAAUCCUUGGAGAUCGCAAAGAACAUAAAGUAGUAGUUCUGAAGGAUUAACAAAUCACACACCAUGAAUGUUAACUACUUUGAAAAUAUGAUGACUUUUGGCAUUUAUAAAUUGUACAGGAAUGAAAAAGGAAGAAAAUGUACAAUGAAGAAAUUCAUAACUUCAAUAGCAUCGGUGUUAUUAUACACUAAUUGAAAGUAUAAUAUAGGAAGAAACCAUUUAAAAUAUACAUUUAUUGCAAUAAAUAAUAUUGCGGAUUGAAUUAUUAUUCCUACAUCUUUAGUUUUUUAUAAUUACUUUUAAAAAUUCCGCAAAAAAACUGAAAUGUAACCAGCCAACAUUUAAAGUCGAAAUAGUGACAAUAAACUAUGAUACAUAUUUCAAAAUCAUCAACUAUAUGGAAAUAUUUUAAACGCUUCAUUGUAAAUAUGAUACAUGGUUUGUUAUGAUUUGUACAAAUUUGUUAUAUUAUAAUAAUUGUUAUAUUGUAUAACAAGAUGACAAAAUAUUUCAAAUAUAUGCAUUUAAUAGAAAA